UUUCAAUUAAUGUUAGGAAAUAACUCUUAAUCUGGCACUGUUAACAUAUAAAAUAGUAAAAACCAUAAUUCAUAGUUUUCUUGUAUGUUAGCUUCCUACAGACUUCUUUUCAAAAGAUACAUUUGGCUUUUUAAUAUAUUUUGUCUUAAUCUAGCUUAAAAAAAAACAGAUGGUAGAGUAGGAAUAGUUGAUAGAAGCUUUUACUAUGUGGAAAACCCCAGACUAUAAAUCUCCACAGUGUUAUUAAUAGGCAUAGAGUAAACAACAGUUUUUUGGACUUUAUAGUACACUGUGUAGAAAAACAAGAGUAUGACAUCUUAAUUUUUUCACUGGGUAAUUUAAAACCUAGUUAUGUGGUGAACACCAGCUAUACAUACCAUGUUACUUGAAUUCAGCAUCAAUUAAAAUUGUAAAUAAGCCUUGUCAUAUGUUACCUUUCAAAGCUGAUACUUUUAAAAAAAGUGUCCACAUCAACACAAUAGCAUGAAUAUUGCCAUAAAUAUUUUAACUUUAUGAUUUUUUAACAUUUCAAAUUCUGAGUUCUACUCUAUUCAGAUGAACUCUAAUAUAGCUAACACACAGGUGCUAUUUUAGAUGUCAGUAGGUUUAAUUCUAAGAGAAAACUAUAUAAAGUAGUUGCAGCUUUUGAAUGGCAUAACCUCAAGGAAAAAAAAGGAGGGGUAGUACCAAAAACUUAAAUAUAUGAUGCUAUAGUGUCCUUUGUGUAGCAUUUCUGUUGAUGCUAUCUUUUAGCAGUUACCUCAUACUAUUUUUGCUCUGUUAUUACAUUUAUUUGAGAUAGGAUCUUACUAUGUAACCCGGGAUAGUCUAGAACUCUUGGUCCUUCUGCCUCAGCUUCCCAAAUGCUGAGAUUACAGGCGUGCACCACCACAACCUGCACUGUACCAUUAAAAAAAAAUCAUUGUAACUAGAUAAGAGCAUUUUUCAGAGGACAAGGCUCCAGUUGGCCUGUUUCUGAUGGCUAUUAAUCAGUAAAACUGUUCUCCUUCUGCUUCUGAGGGAAAGCAGCAGCAAUGGAAAAGUAAUAAUGAUUUACAGCAUAAUUCAAUAGCCAAGCUAUCCAAGUAGAACUAAGCGAGUAAAGGAGGGCCUAGGGGCGGGGCCUCAGGGGUCCUGGGCGGAGCUCCUGGGAGACCCUCAGCUUCCUAGGGCUUCUUCUGGCAGAGUUCUCCCGGCCGGCGGCGUUGGACGUAGGCGUAGUGUGCUGCCACCUUCAGAGCCAGCGAGCGAGCGUAGAGCCGAGAUCCGGAUGAGACCUGGAGAGGAUCGGCCCUUGGAGGGUGGCGCGCCCGAUGGCGUCUCCGAGUUGGAGCUGCUGGAGCUGCUGGAGCUGCUGAAGCUGCGCGCGGCGGAGCGCAUCGACGAGGCAGCCGAGCGAAUCACCCUUCCUGAAAUGAUCACUUACCUACCUCACAGGGUUGUUGUAAUUGUCUUGGGAACCCCUGCAGAAGAAGAUGGUGGUGGCAAAAUUGAUUUAAUUGAAGCAGGUGCUUUUAAAAACCUUGAUGUUGUUUUUAUGGCCCAUCCAUCCCAAGAGAAUGCUCCUUAUCUACAGGAUGUAGCUGAACAUGAUGUGACUGUGAAAUACUAUGGAAAAGCAUCUCAUGCUGCUGCUUACCCUUGGGAAGGAGUAAAUGCCUUAGAUGCUGCUGUUCUUGCCUAUAACAAUCUGUCUGUGUUAAGACAGCAAAUGAAACCAACCUGGAGAGUUCAUGGUAUAAUAAAAAAUGGUGGUGUAAAACCCAAUAUCAUUCCCUCUUAUUCUGAAUUAAUCUAUUACUUCCGUGCACCCUCAAUGAAAGAACUUCAAGUUUUGACCAAAAAGGCAGAAGAUUGCUUCAGAGCUGCAGCUUUGGCCACAGGGUGCACAGUAGAAAUUAAAAGUGGAGCACAUGAUUAUUACAAUGUUCUUCCUAAUAAGAGCCUAUGGAAAACUUAUAUGGAAAAUGGAAAAAAACUGGGUAUAGAAUUCAUUUCAGAAGAUGCGAUGUUGAAUGGCUCUUCAGGAUCUACCGAUUUCGGAAAUGUUACUUUUGUGGUUCCUGGAAUUCAUCCAUAUUUUUACAUCGGAUCUGACGCCUUGAAUCAUACUGAACAAUACACAGAAGCUGCAGGAUCACAAGAAGCUCAGUUCUAUGCUUUACGUGUGGCCAAAGCUCUGGCAAUGACUGCACUGGAUGUUGUUUUUAAACCAGGGUUGCUGGAGAGAAUCAGAGAGGACUUUAGAUUGAAACUUCAAGAAGAACAAUUUUUAAAUACAGUAGAAUAAAAGGAAGACUUAGAAGUCAUUUAUGAAUCAAGAAGAAAUGAUAAUUUUUCUUUAAUCUUUCUAAAGAAAACACGUUCAUUUUUCAAUCUUUUUUUUUUUUUGGU